GUUCCCCCACACCGAAUAAAAAGCAAAAGCAAAAUAAACCGAAAUCCAUGGAAGCUUCUCCUUCUAGCAAAGGACCAGCAACAGCACAGCACAACGCGCGAAUUAUAAAAAGUGAAAAACGUGUCGAGACCUCUGCAUGACUCAAGCAUUAGAAAAGUGAAGCUUGAUCUUGUGCUGAACUCUGGCCAGCCAGACCAAAGAAAAUUUUUGAAAAGGAAGCGGGAAAUAGGACAAGUUCAACUCCAAAGAUCUUUCCCAGCCGAUUGAGCAGAGUCUUAUCAUGAAGCUGUGGAACAUUUCAGUCAGCCGCCUACUGCUUUUCAUGCUGCUGCCGCUGCUGCUGCCAAUCCUCUGCUUAUGCCAAGACACAUCAACAUCACCGCCUCAUCGACAGCAGGCGGAUGCACAAGAUUUGGCGGCCGCACAGCUGGCGGAAGUGGAGGCUGAGGCGCAGCCAGACGGCUGGGACGACGCGGAUCCAGAUGCGCCGCACAUUCGCAAGAAGCGUCUGAUUUGGAUUACCGAUGACGGACGGCUGGCACUGCCCCCAGGCACCUCACUGACAUUCACGCCGACGAUUGCCAUGCCACUGGUGCGGCAUCCGCCCGAGGGCUUCUUCUCCAACCUGACCAUCAGUUUCCCAGUCACCAUUGACUUUGACAAGCUGGGACUGACGGACAAUCAGAAUCCCUUGGGUGAUCUGCCGCCGCUGUUUUCCCGCUCCUUUGGCCACGAGGCGGGCCACAUGGUGGGCGAAUAUGUGGCCAGAUAUCUGCACGUGCAGCGCCGCAAGCGGGAUCUCAGCGAGCAGCGCAGCAGGAGCGAGGACUCACCGUUCAGGGUGCACGACGAGGGGCCAAAGUUCCCGGAUCUGCCCAACGGCAUGCAGCACAUCUUCCACGGCGGCGAGAGGGUGCUGCUCUACGGCGUGGUGGAGGACUUCCUCUCCACUUUUGGCAUGGAUGGAAAGGCGUGUCUGCUGCGCACCAUCUGCGAGAUGCAUUCCCGCAGCCUGGAGAAGUUCGGAGUCUUCGGGGAGAUGACCAAAUUGUUCUUAACGGUCACGGAAUCGCCUUUUGCCGAUCUGGUGCCCGACUACGUGCAGGCCCAGCGGAUGGGCGAGGGCAAGCAGGCACCUGGCGAAUGCUUCCCCUACUUCAAGGCCUGCCCCAAGAGCAUCUUCAAGGCGCUGGCCAACAAAUACGCCAAGCCAUCCGCCACAUCCUCGAGCCCAAGCAAGACGAAAAGGACGACGACCGCACGACCCAUGGGAGAGUAUCACGAACAGCAGGCCAUACAGCUGCAGCUGCCAGCCAGUCGUGACACCAAUAAAAAUAAUGUCUAUAUGUAGAGCCACCCACUGACACGCCUCCCGUUCACACUCCACCCAUUGUUGACCUCGUUUAGGGAUAGUUUUUAGCGGGCAAUCCCAUUGCAGGGAUUGUCCAUCAAUUGAGUGAACAUUCAGAGUCAUUUGUGUGUAAUUAACAUUUACUAAUUAAUUUAUUAUUAUUUAUUUAUUGUAUUUAUUGUGUUAGUCAUAGGCGUCGUCGCUGGUUGUUAACUGCUUAGAAUUUGUAGCUCUGUUUUGUGCUGUUGUGAAGCCUGUAAAUAAUUGCAAUUGUGGCAUAACCCCUUCCCGCCCCCGCCACCGUCCCCCUG